AUGAUCUGGAAGAAACUGGGCUCCGGCAACUUCUCCAGCUGCCCCAAUGGCUCCCGCCAGUGGAUAUGGGACGUGUUUAAAGAAUGUGCACAGGACAGCUGGGAUGAGGCCAGCGUAGGCCUGGGCUUGAUCUCCAUUUUCUGCUUUGCUGGUUCCACCUUCCCCCAGUACAUCAAGGCCUGCAAAGCAGGCAACAUGGACCAGGCCCUGUCGCUGUGGUUCCUGCUGGGCUGGUUGGGUGGAGACUCCUGCAACCUCAUCGGCUCCUUCCUCGCAGACCAGUUACCACUGCAGACCUACACGGCGGUGUAUUACGUCCUGGCGGACCUGCUGAUGCUGACGCUGUAUUUUCACUACAAAUACAAGAAUCGAACCUUCCUGUCAUCUGCCUCCAUCAAUGUUGUGCUCUUGCUUGUCGUGGGAACGGCAUUUUCCACCCCGCUGCUGAGCAGGCCUGACCCUGCGGCUACCCAGAGGGAGGUCUUCACAGGGCGGAAGCUCCUGUCGAUGGAACCAGGCAAUAAGCCCUUCACCCAGAAGGAAAUCAUUGGCUUUGUCAUUGGCUCUAUCUCCAGCGUGCUGUACCUGCUCUCACGGCUACCCCAAAUCCGCACCAACUUCCUUCGGAAGUCCACCCAAGGCAUCUCCUACUCACUGUUUGCCCUGGUGAUGCUGGGGAACACGCUGUAUGGCCUGAGUGUGCUGCUCAAAAACCCCGAUGUGGGCCAGAGCGAGGGCAGCUACCUGUUACACCACCUGCCCUGGCUUGUGGGCAGCUUAGGUGUACUGCUACUCGACAGCAUCAUCUCUGUGCAGUUCCUGGUCUACAGGCAUGCCACUGCUGCCUCCUCAGAGACAGAGCCCCUCCUCACCGGCUGA